CAAAUUCACAGAAUCGAAUAAUUUUCCAAUUAUUCUUAACUCGUAAUAUUAUUAUAAAAUGAGAAUAGCUCGUAUUUAUUAAAGUGCUGUAACAUUUUCUAAAAAUAUUUUUACAAUAUUUUUCAAAAUUAUUUUUACAACAAUUGUAAAACUUUAAUGUUUGUCCGACAAUUAAAAUAUUUACACCUUAUCUUUUUUCUAUUAUUUAAUUAAAUGUAUGAGUCUCAAUAAAAAAAGUACUUUUUCCCUCGAGAAACGUUGUUGUGUGAAAACAUUUUUGCAGCAAUAUAGUUUUAAAUACUUUUAAAUACUUGAAAUAACUUAUUUUCUUUUUUUAUUUAUUUAUUAUUAAGUAAAAUUAUUGAAUUAAAUUAUCGUCCUCGUAAAUAAAUUAUUAUAUUAUUAAACUAUUACAAUUUAUAUUCAUCCAUACAUUCAGUGUAGGAAACAAAAAAAAAAGUUGUUUAAAUAGAAAUUUUACAACUUUAUUUAUGUUUACAAUAUCAUCUAUGUUGGUAUCAGAGCAAGUCACAUAGCCAUGUUUAGCAAAGUUUUCUAUUAAAUGUGAAGUAUGUGCAGGGACCAGAUUAAUUAAAGAAUAAGCAAUUAAUAAUUUGUAUUAUUUUGUAAAAAGUGUUGAAAAAGUAUUAAUUAAGAAAUUAUAUAAUAUAUAUGAUAAAACAUAAAUACACAAUUUAUCUAACCUCUAAAUAUAAAACAAUUUUCAACAAUAUUGAUGACUCUAAUUUAAUGAAAUUUUCGGAGAAAAGAUUGAACGUGAAUAAUAUUUGUGUGUAAAAUUUGAAUGGUGAAUUUAUAACAGUUGUAUUAUAAAAUAAAUACAUAAACAUGACGGCGGCAAUUAAAACGCUAUGGAAGCAAGCAUUAAAUACGUUUGAGGAACGUGGCAAUGUUGGAUUUAAACUUUGUCAAAAGAACUUCGACAAAUUACGAUAUUUGAUGAACAAAAUUACAGCGGAAGAUGUAAAUUUAAAUAAACAGAUUCUUGAUUUUAUUCAAGUACAACAUGCACCAAUGUGGGUUAUUGACAUAUUUGAAAAUAAAGAUUUUGCUAUUUCUAUCUUUAUAUUAAAACAUGGAUUCACAAUGCCAAUACAUGAUCAUCCUGGAAUGUAUGGAUUUUUAAAGGUAAUCAGUGGUGUAGUUCAAGUAAACAAUUAUACUUUAAAAGCAAAUGAAGAUCAUACAAUCAGAUUGAACAAAGAAGUAAUGGCACUUAGGCACAAACCAAUAUCUUUACAUAGUAAUUCACCUGCAUGUACUCUUACACCAAGAGAUAAAAACUUACAUGAAAUUACAUGCAUUGAAGGUCCUGCUGCAUUUCUGGAUAUACUUAGUCCUCCUUAUGAUGUAGAUGAUUCUGGAAAGGGUCCAAGACCUUGUACAUUUUUCAAAACUGUUAGUAGUUCAAAGUUAUGUACAGAUUCACCAGAUAUAGUGGAAGAAGUUAAAUUGGUGGUUAUUGAAGGUCCACCAGAUUUUUAUUCUGGAAGUCUUAAAUACACAGGACCACCCUUAAUGUGACCUGAAGCAUCAAAAAAUGUUUCUUGUUCUAUUUGUUAAAAAAUUUUGCAUUUUAUUGCAUUCAUUUACUUUUAUAAUUGUAUUAUAAAUUUUUAAGGAUAUUUAAAUUUUAAUGAAAUGUAUAAUAUUGGUGUUUAUCUCUUGUACUUCUUUGCAAGAGUAUAUAGAGUAUAUGAGUAUAUUUUGAGAUUGUUUGGAUCAUAUAAAGUAUGCAAAUUUUAUAUUUUAUAUUAGUUUAUACUGGGUAUAGUUGAUUUUUAUUUAUUGUAAACUUUAGAUUGAAAUUGAUUAUAAUUUUUAAUUACUUGCAUUUAUAUUGAUUUUUGUGUAUGAAAAAGUUACCUGUAUAAAAAUUAUAAAUAUGAAAUAAUUACAUUUACUAUUUCAUUGAUAUAUAGAAUAAGGAUGUAAACAAAAAAUGUAUUAUAAUACACUUUAUAUGUACGUGAUAACAAAAGCAUAUGAUAAUUAUUAAAUAAAAACAGAAUUUUAUUUGUAUAAAAAAUAUAAUACUUACUUAUAUCACAAAAUAUUUAAGAAAUAGAUUAUCAUAUUUGUUGUAAAAGGAUAUGCAUUACAUUUUGAUGUAUAUAUUACUUUUCCAACUUGAAUGUGUUACAUAGUUCUUACAGACCAAAAAGUUCAAUUUUUUCAAGAUAAUUAAUAUUUCUAAUAAUAUAUAUUGUACUUACUAAAUAAUUUACAUUAAAAAAAAAAUAGCUUAAUAAAUAUAUUUAUAUAUUAUACAGUUCUUUUUUGAAACAUUUCCUGAGUUUUAUUAUAUAUUUUAUUAUAUAAUUAUUAAUUAUUAUAUAUUUAUCAUAUAAUAAUGAUGAUUAUUUUAAAAAAUACUUUGAAUUAAUACCUAAAAAAUAAUGGCAGGUAGUGAAAUAAAAAUAAUGAUUUAACUUAAAAAAUUAUGUAACAAGUUAGUUAAUUUAUUAAUUAUUAUCUAUAUUAUCUAGACAGUAG